AUGGUGAGCCCCGACGCCGUCCGCGACAUCGUCGGCAUCAUCGGCAACGUCAUAUCGUUCGGCCUGUUCCUGUCGCCGCUGCCAACGUUCAUCCAGAUCGUGCAGAAGGGCGACGUGGAGAAGUUCGUGCCGGACCCGUACCUGGCGACGUUCCUCAACUGCGCGCUGUGGGUGUUCUACGGCCUCCCCAUCGUGCACCCCAACAGCAUCCUCGUGGUCACCAUCAACGGCGCGGGCCUCGUCAUCGAGACCGUCUACCUCUCCAUCUUCUUCGCCUACUCGCCCAGGCCCAAGCGCCUCAAGAUGCUGGGCGUCCUCGCCGUGGAGCUCGUCUUCGUCGCAGCCGUCGUCGCGGGGGUGCUCCUCGGCGCGCACGACACCGACAAGCGCUCCCUCGUCGUCGGCAGCAUCUGCAUCUUCUUCGGCACGCUCAUGUACGCCGCGCCGCUCACCGUCAUGAAGCGCGUGAUUACCACCAAGAGCGUCGAGUACAUGCCCUUCACGCUCUCCUUCGUCAGCUUCCUCAACGGCAUCUGCUGGACUACCUACGCGCUCAUCCGAUUCGACAUCUUCAUCACGAUCCCCAACGGCCUGGGAACGCUGCUGGGCUUGGCGCAGCUGAUCCUCUACUUCUGCUACUACGGGUCGACGCCCAAACCGAGCGACGACAGCAAUAAUAGCAUGGAGCUGCCGGUGACGACGGCCGGCGACGAGGGCAAGAACUAG